UGGAGGGAGACCCGGCUGGUGGCUGAGCUCAGAACCCAGCUCCCAGCCCCAGAGGGACCAGUUCAGCAUGGUGCUACCUCUCCUUCUUCCCGUGCUGGCCUCCCUCCUUCCCCAGCCAGUGUUCCCUGCAGUUAAACACCCAGCCCCAGCCUUCUCCGUGCAUCCCCAGAAGGUUGAGUACCUGCUUGGAGACACCGUGGGCCUCACAUGCUCUGCUCCCCCUGCGAGGGAUCAGGUGUCGGUAUUCCAAUACUACAGCGAUAUGGGAUGGGCUGUUUCAGCCAGGGUGUCCUCCGGGUGGAAACACACCUACAACCUCAACAUCACGGAGCCGCGGAAUGCGGGUUCAUACAGCUGUAACUAUUACACGAGCAAGAAUGGUCGUUUCAUCCAGUCCUAUGAGAGCAACCAUAUCAGCAUCAAAGUCAAAGACCCCCCUCCAGAGCCAACGCUGAGUGUGGAUCCCCCAUCUGGAGUGGUGAGUGAAGGGCACCCCCUGCUCAUCACCUGCACGGCCCCCGGGAAUGCCACACAGCUGAGGUUUCACUUCUACCAGGAUGGAGCCAAGAUCGUCCCUGGGGACGUUGGGUCUGAGAUCAGCACCAUGGAGCCCAGGACCAGCUCAAUGACAGUCUCUGAGCUCAGCAUCCCACAGGUUGACACCAACAGCACCGGGGAGUACACCUGCCGGUAUGAGGAGAAAGAGAGUGGGAGAUGGAUCAUGUCCACCAAGAGCCACGCUGUGACUGUUACCUUGAAAGAUCCCCCUCCACGGCCGGUGCUGAGCAUGGAUCCCCCAUCAGGAGUGGUGAACGAAGGGCUCCCCCUGCUCAUCACCUGCACAGCCCCCGGGAAUGCCAGCGAAUGGAGGUUUCACUUCUACAAAGACGGAGCAAAGAUUGUCCCUGGGGAUGCGGGGUCUGAGAUCAGCAUCAAGGAGCCUAGCACCAGUUCUAGGAAUGUCUCUGUGCUCAGCAUCCCACGGGCUGGUCCCAACAGCGCCGGGGAAUUCACCUGCGGGUACGAGGAGAACGUGAAUGGGAGGUGGGUCCCAUCCCCCAGGAGCUGGCUUGUGAACAUCACUGUGAAGGAUCCCCUCCCCUUGCCGGUGCUGAGUGUGGAUCCCCCAUCUGGGGUGGUUAUCAAGGGGGUCCCAUUAGUCAUCACCUGCAAGGCCCCCGGAGAUGCCAGCGAGUGGAGAUUUCAUUUCUACAAGGACGGAGCCAAGAUUAUCCCCGGGAACAUGGGGUCUGAGAUCAGCACAAGGGAGUCCAGCACUGACUCUAUGAUGCUCACUUUCCCACGGGCUGGUCCUGCGACCACAGGGGAAUUCACUUGCGGCUAUGAGGAGAACAUGAGUGGGUGGUGGAUCCCGUCCCCCAGGAGUCAGGCUGUGAACGUCACCAUGAAGGGUGAGGCUGCCCCUAAACCGACAAAUUCCAUCAAAGAUCCUCUGCCCUUGCCUUUGAUGAGCGUGGAUCCCCCAUCUGGGGUGGUUAGCAAGGGGGUCCCAUUAGACAUCACCUGCAAGGCCCCCGGAGAUGCCAGCGAGUGGAGAUUUCAUUUCUACAAGGACGGAGCCGAGAUUAUCCCCGGGAACAUGGGGUCUGAGAUCAGCACAAGGGAGUCCAGCACUGACUCUAUGAUGCUCACUUUCCCACGGGCUGGUCCUGCGACCACAGGGGAAUUCUCUUGCGGCUAUGAGGAGAACGUGAGCGGGUGGUGGAUCCCGUCCCCCAGGAGUCAGGCUGUGAACGUCACCAUGAAGGGUGAGGCUGCCCCUAAACCGACAAAUUCCAUCAAAGCUAUCUCGUCUCUGCCCAUCCCCCUGGUGGCUGGGUGCGCUGGUGCUGUCGUGGGUCUAGUUCUGCUGCUGGUUCUCAUCUAUCUCUACAACAGGAAGAAGAAAGGUUCCAAGUGGGAACGGAGAAGGAGAGCCCAGAACGAUGGUUUUAUCAGCAGUUACUCACCUAUGCCUCUAUCAAUGAUCAACCCAGACACUCUUUAACAGCCCCCUCAGCUCCUUGCCUCCAUGUCCCCUGCAACAUCAUAGGACCAAUGAAGAUCUGUGAAGCUUACCACAUUCACCGUGCAUAUCCUCCCAAGGUCUCCUUCAUGCUGGUGGGCACACACCAGGCCUCCAGCCGAAAACAUCCCCAGCAAAACGGAGAUGUGAUUGUGUCUCUUUGCCUGCUGCAGAGAUACUGGGACUGUUUGAAAGGAAGGAAGAAGUUUCUAUUCUCCUAACUUCUCAGCAAAUCUCCACUUUACCAGGAACAUUCAAGCUGAUGUAAAUCUCUGUAAAUUUCCUGUCUCCUGUUUGUCAUUAACCCCCCCCUUUAACCUC